GUGUGUGUGUAUGAGAGAGAGUGUGAGAGAGAGAGUGUGUGUGAGAGAGAGAGAGAGAGAGUGAGAGAGAGAGUGACCUGGGUCAAGGCUGAGGGCUGGAGCUCCUCUUCAAGCUGGAGAGCCCGGGCUGCUCUCCUGCUGGACUUUUCCAGGGAAAGGCGAUGGAAGCCUCCCAGGCCGGACACUGCCAUGACUCUGGGGUAGGGGAUCUGGAGGAAGAGCCGCUGAAAUGUCAGUCUCCGGCAACCGCAGGCAGAGGUGAGGAGCAGCCCCAGCUUUUACCCAAGCUGCUGGCCUCCAGCUCCCCGGUGUUCAGGGCUGCUCCAGGGCACCUGCAGGCACCCAGCUCCCGACCUGGCAGUCUCCUGUACCUGGAUGACCAUCUGGGAGCCGCUCCUUCCUCGGGGGGUAAACACCGCCAGGCUAGCCCCCUGGUCCACCGCAGGGACAGUAACCCGUUCACCGAGAUCGCCAUGAGCAGCUGUAAGUAUAACGGCGGCGUGGUGAAGCCCCUGAGCAGCCUCAGCACCUCCAAGCGGAACCUGAUUGAGCCCCCCGAGCCAGACUCGCAGCCGCUGCAGCUAUUCGGCUGCCAACAGCAUCACCAGCGGCUGGCCAACACGCCCGAGAUAGUCAUCUCCUGCCGGGAGCAGGAACAGGAUCAGCAGCAAUUCCUUUACUGUCACCAGAAGCAUCCAGUUUACCCCAGCACCGGCUCCACUGGCACCAGCGGCCCCGGGGGCACCAAAGGCGGCAACAAGAGGAAGAACCAGAACAUCGGCUACAAGCUGGGUCACCGCAGGGCUCUGUUCGAGAAGAGGAAAAGGCUCAGUGACUACGCGCUCAUCUUCGGCAUGUUUGGCAUCGUUGUCAUGGUGAUCGAAACCGAGCUGUCUUGGGGCAUCUACACCAAGGGCUCUAUGUAUUCGCUCACCCUGAAAUGCCUUAUCAGCCUAUCCACAUUGAUCCUGCUGGGACUCAUCAUCGCCUACCAUGCCAGGGAAGUCCAGCUUUUCAUGAUAGAUAAUGGAGCUGAUGAUUGGAGGAUCGCUAUGACCUACGAGCGGAUUUUCUUUAUCAGCUUGGAGAUGGUGGUGUGUGCCAUUCACCCGGUGCCCGGGCGUUAUAUAUUCCACUGGAAAGCCCGCCUGGCAUUCUCCUACACGCUGUCCGAGACCUGGGCUGACGUGGACAUCAUCCUCUCCAUUCCCAUGUUCCUCCGGCUCUACCUCAUUGCCCGGGUCAUGCUGCUUCACAGCAAGCUCUUCACAGACGCCUCCUCGCGCAGCAUCGGGGCGCUGAACAAAAUCAACUUCAACACACGCUUCGUCAUGAAGACUCUCAUGACCAUCUGCCCAGGCACGGUGCUCCUCGUCUUCAGCAUUUCGUUGUGGAUCAUCGCCGCCUGGACCGUCCGUGUCUGUGAGAGAUACCAUGAUAACCAGGAUGUCACCAGUAACUUUCUAGGGGCAAUGUGGCUCAUCUCAAUCACCUUUUUGUCCAUCGGCUAUGGCGACAUGGUGCCCAACACUUACUGCGGGAAGGGAGUCUGCUUGUUGACUGGGAUCAUGGGUGCAGGAUGUACAGCACUGGUGGUAGCUGUCGUUGCUAGGAAACUAGAACUAACCAAAGCUGAGAAACACGUCCAUAACUUCAUGAUGGAUACACAGCUCACUAAGCGGAUAAAAAAUGCAGCAGCCAAUGUUUUGCGGGAAACCUGGCUGAUCUACAAACACACAAAGCUGCUCAAAAAGAUCGACCAUGCCAAAGUGAGGAAGCACCAGAGGAAGUUCCUGCAGGCUAUCCAUCAGCUUCGUAACGUGAAGAUGGAGCAGAGGAAACUCAAUGACCAGGCAAAUACUCUAGUUGACCUCUCAAAGAUGCAGACAAUCAUGUACGACCUGAUCACAGAGCUGAACGAUCGAGGCGAAGACCUGGAGAAGCAGAUAAUGAGCCUGGAGAACAAGCUGGAGGGACUGACCAGCAGCUUCCACGCCCUGCCAAGAUUGAUCGCCGACACCCUGCAGCAACAGCAGCAGCAACUCCUCAGCGCUAUUGCCGAGGCUGGCAGCACACACGGUGACUCCCAGCACUCUGACAGCCAGCUGGGAUUCAGCUCCCCCUCCUUCCCAACCCCUUGUACCAGUUCCAGCAGCUGUUAGGGCCCUGAACCUUGGACAAGGAGUGAUUUAUUUUUCCCCUAACAUCUUCCUCCCAAGCCCUCCACCCUCCACACCACCCUUCACUUCGGCUCUAUGAACAGAAAGGUGGGAUUGCAGGCACUAUAGGACCAGAGCUCUCAUCUUAUGCAGAAUUGCCUUUUACCCCCUUUCUUCCCCAUGGGGUGUUGACACUCCCUCUCCGCUGCUACUCUGCUACACCGACCCCACCCUUCAACUCCUUCCAAGUUGCUGCCAGGUGAGGCAAAAAGAAAGGAACAGGUUCAGUUCUGAAACAAGAAGACGAGUGUGUUGGUUGAGGGGUUUGCUGGCCAGGAGCAGAAGUAAGGAUUACCUUCUCAUGGGAGCUGAGAUGCAGGGCUUCUUCAAACAAUAGCAAAACCUGCAGCCAUCACUAAGAGACUUCCUGUCACUGCCUAUUGCCAAAACCGUGAUUGUUUUUAUAAAGGGAAGAAAUACAUAUAUAAACAAAGAUAUAUAUAACAAAAUAAGCACAACACGAGCCCCUUCACUGCUGGGUGUAGCUAUCAGCAUUUCCCUGCCUGCUUUAAGCUUGGCACCAGCUUGUCUGGUUUGGUCACACAUAGGACCUGUGGCUUCCGGCCCCACUACAGGAUUUGAGCCCAUGAUCCAGGCUGACCAGUGCUCCAGGACACCGGUGAAAGUGGAUGUUACAAAUCCCACAGCUGACCUCCUUUGCUAGGUGGACAGCUCUCCCUGGUGUCCCGGAGCCAAAAGUCAACCAAAAAAAUAAAGCAACAAAACGGAUUUAACUGGUUGGCUCGUCCAGGUGCAACCAAACAAAACAGGAGUGAUUCCUGAUGAGGAAAUUACAACCACAGCAGGAGCAACAGGGAGAGGAAGAAAGUACUUGACAUUUCUUAGGGCCUUUCAGUCAAGGUCAAUUUGGCUUUUUGUUUGAAAACCAGCCAAAAUGAUCCUUCUGUUUCCCCAGCAAUGCAAUGAUAACAGAAAGUUUGAUUUUAUGCAAAAUUCUUGUCUGCCGACCUAUAGGGCGGAAUGGACGUGUUGAACAAUGAGCGGUGUCCCUGCACUGUAUGCGUGUAUCGGACAAAGAGAGACAUGACCCUUUCAAAAUAUUUUUUUUUAAGAAGAAAGACUACUACUUAGAAAUUACAUAGAAUUUACAGCACAGAAACAGGUCAAUCCUGGGCGUAAAAAAAUGUGGUCGCACCUUGCCUUUGCGAUUCCUCAUUCUUUUCUCAAAAAGACACAAUGCAAGGUUAACCUGACUAUCUUGGAGAAGAAUGUUGAAACCCCAAAAGGGACUAUUUAUCAGUAUCUGUAUGCAUUUUAUAUCAGUAUAACGAUGAUGGAUUUGCUUCAGUAUUAUACAACUGUUAAACUAUCUAGGUUGGCAACAGACUCUCACACAUUGUAUGAAAAAUUAGCUUCAACCAGAAUGGUGUGGUGCAUCCUUUUGUUUUGAAGUGCCCUCUAGUUGCAUUUCCUCUCCUCUCUCUAGGAGUGGGUGAAGAUGAGGGGUGGGGUGUAGAAUACAGGAUCCAAAGGCAUUAACUACCUCCCAAACUCUUAGCCAUACCCCAUUCUUCAUGUGUGACUCCAGAUGGCAAAAGACAGAGGGACUUAAGUUGUGAAGAGGACAUAAAGAGUCUAAAAAAGGGGUACAGAUGUGUUAAGUGAGUUGGCAAAGAUAUGGUAAAUGGAGUAUAAUGUGGGAACAUAUGAAAUUAUCCAUUAUAACAGAGAGAAUAAACAGAAGUAUAGUAUCUAAAUGGUGAGUGUACAGAGCUCUGAGAUGCAGGGGGAUCUGAGGUAUCCUAAUCAUAGAGUUACACAGCAUUGAAACAGACCCUUUGGUCCAACUCGUUCAUGCCUACCAGAUAUCCUAAACUGAUCGAGUCCCAUUUGCCAGCAUUUGGCC